AUGUCAAAAUCAUUAUUACUAAAACAAUGUGAAGACUUAAAUCAUCUUGCGAUAUCGAUUAAGAAAAAUAUUGAAGAAAAUCUGCUGAAUGAACUACCGCCGUUGUCUUUGUUGAAGAAGAAAACCACUAUGCAUGAUGACGCAGUGAUGCUAAAUGUUGGUGGACGUGAAUUUCAAACAACAAUUGGAACAUUAACAAAAGAAAAGUCAAAUACAUUUUUUACAGAAUUAUUCUCACGUGGAUGGGAAUUGGAAAAAGAUGAAUGUGGACGUUUGUUUGUUGAUCGGAAUAGUGAUUUAUUUGCUGAAAUUUUAGAUUAUAUGCGUACCGGUGAAUUUAUUCUACCUGAAGAAGUUACGUAA